AUGAGUCUCAUCCAAAACAGCUAUGAGGUCCUCGUCAUCGGAGGAGGCCCAGCAGGACUCGCAGCCGCAACAUCUCUCGCAAGAGCCUGCCGGCGCGUGGCAGUUUUCGACUCACACGAAUACCGCAACGAUGUAACGGACCAGAUACACAAUGUUCUCAUUCACGACGGACAACACCCUGAGCGAUUCCGAGCCCUGGCCAGACGAGAGAUCGUCAAUUUAUUUGAGACGGUCACUUUCAUCGAAACUACCAUCAUUCGCGCGUGGACCUUCAAGACCAGAGACUCGCGCCAUGAAUUCAAGGUUCGCGAUCGGAAUGGGACUAUCCACAGGGGCAAGAAGUUGAUUCUUGCUACUGGGUCCGUGGAUAUUCUUCCUGAUAUCCCCGGGUUUCAGGAUCUUUGGGGGGAUGUCAUUGUCCAUGGGAUUUUCUGCGACGGAUUCGAAAAGAGAGGCAAAGCAGCUGGCGUCCUCGGACUAUCCUCCCUCGACGAUAUCGCCCCCACGCUAAUGGCCUACUUCCUCUCGCAAAACGACCUAACAAUAUACACGAAUGGCGAAGAUCCCUCCAAAUACCGAUUCCAGGAUAGCCUCGACAUGGCACUGGCGCGCGGCUGCAGACUCGAUUCACGCAAAAUUCGACAUUUCACACGCAUGGAGGAUGAUUCAAUCAUGAUCCAGUUCAGGCAUGGGGGUGUCAGUCACCUGGGCUUUCUCAUGUUUACGCCUCCUACGCGAAAUCGGGCGCAGAAUCUUAUUUCUCGGCUUGGGAUUCAGACUUCUCACCGAGACGGGUAUGCUAUGGCGAGGGGACCUCAUGGAGAGACGAAUGUUCGGGGUUGCUUUGUGGCUGGGGAUACUUCGACGGUGAAUAAGUCCAUUGCUGUUGCUUUAAGCUCUGGUAUGUGGAAGAGGAGAGAGGGACCUUUCUUUUUGAGAAGAAAGAAUAAGCUAACACCGUCAUCUACUAGGCACGAUUGCUGGUACUGGGGCGGCGAGACAAUUGGCAAUUGA